UGCUUGGGAUCUUCAGUGUGAGGGUGGAGGUCCGAGUUUCAUUGCUGUGGAUGAACUAAUGAAGUACUUCUCCAAUCUAAUCUAAAUUGUGAUACUGCCUUGCGGCGCCUUCGAGCCUAGAUACCCCACACAGUUGUGAUUGUUUCCGGGGUCCUUCGCAAUUGAACUAUGCUGUCGGGGCAGUGCGAUAUCGCUUUCUCCUUUAGGCAUUUGUGAUAACUGACUGUCAAAUCCCAUCCCUCCCCAACCCAUCAUGCCCUUAAUGAUGGAGGACGGUAUCAAUGUCGAUGAUCUUUUCGGGGAGCCCGCUUCCCUUGAGCUGGGCUUGCCUUCUACCACUUCCACUAAGGGCCUGGCCGAGCGCUUGGAUGAAAUGCGUUUGCUCGGAUGCUGCCAGAAAAUCGCAUGGUCAAAACUAGGGUGCAUCGCUUACAUCGCCCAUGAUCCGUCCAAGGUCCAUGUCCGUUACCUUCAGUGUCAACCCGCCGAUGGCAAAUGGACGCUUAGUGAUGAAACGCCGUUACUGCCGGUCACCGAGGCCCAUGGUGGCACUGCCCUAGCCCAUCUGAGCUGGAACGAGUCUGGCUCAGAUCUAGCGGUGGUUGAUCUGUCUGGCCGAUUAUCAGUCUAUUCCAUCCCAAUCGCACUCAACAGUGUCAACGGACUCCGAGCGCCAUCCUUCGAACCCGACGACAGUGCCCAGAUCGUCGGCAUGCUGUGGCUAAACACACAACGCUCCGUGCAUGCUUUCUACCAAGCCGCCAAGGUACAGGGUCGCUGGGCUUACUCGCCCUAUCGUCGUCGGCCAAUUGGUCCCUUCCAUCCAGCAAACAAGGCUGCCCUGGUCUACAUCACCAGGUCGGGGAUGAUCAAGCUAUUGUAUCAGAAUCCCGAUGGGAAGUGGGACGAGAUCUCUGCCGAGUUGAAGAACACUAGUUACUCCGACCGGCUGUUGACCCAUGCGGCGUUGGUCGCAACCCAGACUGGGAUUCUAGUUGCGACAUACUCGACAUGCCAGACGAUCCGUUUCUAUCGAGUGCAAAUCAUUUGGAACCCUCCUCAGUAUGACCCCGCUCAGCAACCCAAACAAAAGCCGCCGCAAUUUCCUGUGCCCAGCUUCCGUUUCGCGCAUUGCAAGGUUGAGACCUCCUGCAACGUUCCUGGUCCCGUGCGCAACAACGGAGACCCUUCUGAUGAACUUCAACAACCUUUUCCCAAUUCUCUUUACUGCCUCACUCGCUUGGAUAUCAUCCUCCCAACUUCAGAUAACGCUGCAGGAUCUUCUGCGACCCCGUGGAUCGUUGCUACAUUUUCAAUCCUCCCCCAGACAGCCCCUGAUCACCCACACCAACAGGGACCAUCGAGUAUCAUUGUUCGAUGGCAACUCGAAUCGGCUCCUCUCACCCUCCACCCAAAAUUUGAUGAAGUCACGACAAAGAGAAACAGUAUGCAGAUAAAGCCCAAAGCUGUGCUCCGUCGGCUAGAAGACAUCUUUUGUGAUCGUUAUGUCUUGUCGAUCGAUCACGUUGAAUACGCCAAUGUAUUAGCAGUGACUCACGAUGACAGCUCCAUUUCUUUCUACGAUCCGAAAACCAUGGCUGCAUUCAACGGGGUUGACGAUGCCAGCACGGUGACUAGCUUGGCUCAAGCGGGGUUCCAUUAUUCCCCGGACACUCCAGCUCUUCAUAUCAGCUUCUCUCCGAGCGCUUGCGCUGCUGUAACGUUGGACAGUAGCGGACAUGUACAGCUUAGGGUGAUGGGGCACUCAUACGGGGCAGACAAUGGUCUUUACGACGAGAACAAAUUUUCAGCAGCCAUCGCGUCAUUGACGUUGGCAUUCUGUCGUGGAUGCGGAAGUGAAGUCAAUACGGACGAUAUCUUAUUAAUAUUGACACGCCAACUGUCGCCUGACGCUCAAACCUCCUUCAUCAAUGAAGUCUAUCGCGCGCUGCCCAUCAACUGCAACUUCACUGUUGAGCAGGACAAGCUGAUGAACCACCCGUACAUUCCACGCUGUCUCAGCAUACAGGCUGCAUUAGGGAAUAGGGGCAAAAAUCAACAACGAAGCUUCGCCUCUUCUGUCUCUUGGUCCAUUCUUCAGCUGCGUCAUGCUUCUAUUCUCUACCCAUUCUUCUUCCAAUAUAAUAAAGGGAUGCCAGCAGAGCCCCAUGAUCCUGACGUUCUUCGCAUGGUCCUUGGGAAUACCAAGUGGGCCCUUGACUUUUCAUUAUACGUCCUCGACCAGAUUUUCGACCUUGCCGACGAAUUCGAAGAUGUAACAUCAGAUCAAGAAGCUUUCAGCCAGAAACUCAAAUCCACCAACAAUCUCUCUCUCAUCAUUCUCCUCUCCAGCAUGUCACGCGCCUUUCUCCGCUUCAUUUGCCGCGGCCUGCGCGGCAUCCACGCCGGCUACGCCAGCGCCCCACUCACAGGCGAUGGUCGCGUCUACUACUCAGAGAUCUGCCAAGCCCUGGGAAAGUCGCCCGCCGCCAUCGACGCGUACGAGAAAUUCCUCGCGGGGGUCGACUCGGCCGUGCGUCACGCCUACCACAGCGCAGGGUUCGGCGAUGCGGAACGCCCCGGCCCCGAGAAGGAGCUACUCGUCAGCGCCCGCAUCCCGCCGGCGCUGGUGACCGCCGUAUCCACGAUCCUGCGGCAGACAGUCCCCAAGCUCCGAGAGGACGUCAACCGCCUGGACAUCCUCGAGCGCGACUACAGCUGGCUGGGCUUUGGCUCGGACCACCGCACGGAGCUGUUCCGGCGCACCCGCGCCCUGGAUAUCAUCAAGAAGACCCAGAUCCGGCUGAAUCAUCCCGCGGCGGUCGCCGGGCCCAAGCAGAAGGAGGUUCAGGCCAUGGCCGCCGCUGCGGGCGGCCAGCACCUCAGACGGAGGUGUGUGCGCUGCUGUGAGGUCUCCGAGGGCUCGUAUCCGCCGCGCUCGGUGUUGGCGUUCCGCAUGAUCUUCAAGUUGGGAUAUCUGCGCGCGUGUAUUUGCUGUGGGAUGUGGGUUUUGGAGUCCGCGGCUGGGUCGGGUGAGGUGGGGAAGCAGAUUGGGCCUUCGUAGGUUGGAAUCUUGCGGUCGUGGGUUGUGACUGAAGGUUUGCGGAUUCAGAUUCUGGGGUUAGACGGGUAGUAGGUAUCGGCUAUGAAUGCGAAUAUAGACCCAUGUAUUGGUUGC